CCCCCAGCGCUGUGUCACGUCAGCCUGAUCCAGUCUGUACUGUAAACACGGAGAACACGAUGGACGACGACGUGUUAACUACUUUAAAAAUACUGAUUAUCGGGGAGAGCGGCGUGGGAAAAUCCAGCUUGCUCCUGAGGUUCACAGAUGACACGUUUGAUCCAGAGUUAGCCGCAACCAUCGGUGUGGACUUUAAAGUGAAAACUAUAGCAAUAGAUGGCAACAGAGCAAAGUUGGCGAUAUGGGACACAGCCGGACAGGAAAGGUUCAGAACUCUGACCCCCAGCUACUACAGAGGAGCACAGGGAGUAAUAUUAGUGUACGAUGUAACAAAGCGGGACACCUUCACAAAGCUGGAGAACUGGCUGAACGAGUUGGAGACGUACUGCACGCGCAACGACCUCGUCAAAAUGCUCGUCGGAAACAAAAUAGACAAGGAUAACCGAGAAGUGGACCGGAAUGAAGGCCUGAAAUUUGCACGCAAACACUCUAUGUUGUUCAUUGAGGCCAGCGCUAAGACGCGGGACGGAGUUCAGUGUGCCUUCGAGGAGCUGGUGGAGAAGAUCCUGCAGACGCCCGGCCUGUGGGAGAGCAGCAUGCAGAACCACGGCGUGCAGCUGAACGAGCAGCAGCAGCAGGGCCACGGUUCCUGCGGAGGAUACUGCUCCCUGAUCUAACUCUAAAACAGCACCCACACCAGACACCGGCAAAGACGGACUGAGUCGAGAGAGACGAGGAAAAACACGAAACACGGACGGUUUCCAGCUUCUGAACGAGAGCGCUCCCUCUGAGAGAGAGAGAGAGAGAGAGAGAGAGAGAGCAGCAGGUCCAGGUCCGCUCCCACCGGCGCUGCUCGCGCUGAGGGAGCUCAGACAUUUGCACACUUCUUACACUUACACUCUUCUUUACGUCACUCAGUGUUUCCUGGUCUUCACACACUUCAGUUUAUGUCCUCUGUAUCACGUCCUAUACAUAUGUAUCCAUGAAACAUCAUCAGAUUUAUAAUUUUAUCACUCUUUAAAACAUCUACAGCUAAACUACAAAGCCCUAAAUAUCCAUAAAAGUCCUUUUACACCAGAAAUAGAAAGAGAUUGAGUCAUUUUUCUCUCUCUUUGGGAGCGCUACCUUCGAAAACCAUGAUUUUGGGCCAGUAUAGCGGAAAUAUUUGGGAGUAGUUUUUGGGAACGGACAUCUUUUUGGCCCGGCGAACUCGAUCCAGAGGCAGGCCAUUAAAAAUGUCCUGUACGGUCUGUACCUUCCUAAGUUUUCACGACGACGUUAUACUGUGUAAGCUUAGCUAAGCUCUCUGCUGUGUAAUGUGUAAUUCUCUAUUAACGUACGUCUGUUUCCUUCCUUUAUUCUCAUUAUUUUUAUUCUUUUUAUUAUUAUUAUUACCCUGAUGUUAAAUGUUAAUUUUUUUUUUUAGCUUUAGCUUUAGCUUUUUAGCUUUUUUGACUACACGCUUUAUCUUUUUUUUUAAACAGUGUGUGGCCUCGUAAAUGAUGUCGCUUUGCAUGGUUGUCCAUUACUUUCGCAGAAAUAUUCCAUCAGAAAAUCUUAAUCUUAAGCUUAAUCAAAGCUCAGUUAAAGGAAUGCUGUUUGAGGGUCGUCUUUUUUAUUAGCUAUUGACUAUUGACUAUAUAAUACGUGCUGGCCAGCCUGACAUGAGCCAGAUAUGUAAUGUCUUCUGUAGAACAUGAUGCUUUUAAAGGUGCAAUAACAUUAUUAUGACAAAAAAGAACUUUUGGUUGUUUUUAGUUGUUCUUUUUUUUUUUGGCUGCCUUGCUAUAUAUGUAUGCUUCAUCUAUGACCUGUUAUCCUUGGACCAGGGGUAUUAUAUCGAAUUAUUGGCAUGUGCAUAAAACAAUUAUCCAUCUGUCUAUACACUCUUGGCUCUGGGUUUAAUGCAGUUCUGCUUACACAUAUAUAUAUAUAUAAAACAGCUCUUGUUCAUUGUAAAAUAAUCAGAAUCUUCAGAAUGGCUUGUUUUCAGUCUGUUUAUGUUCAUGUAUCUUACUUCACUUGAAUCAAGACCACGCCUUAACAUUGAGUGAGUUUACAAACAUGCAGUAAUCUAAUUACUGUAGAACAGAAUGAAGAUUCAGUCAGCUGUAUAUUAUCCCCCAUCACUGGUGAUGCCACAACACCAGGAGGGUAAAGAUUAGCGCAUGCCUCCUCCGAUACACGUGAAGUCAGACUCUUUACGCCUCUUUUCGAACUAGUACUCGGAGGAAAGCGCAGCGACUCGGUUCUGAUACAUCAGCUCACAGAUGCAGCCUUGUGCUGAUCGACAUCACCCUAGGAGUGAUGAGGGGAAAGAGCACCAUCUACUGUACCCACCUAGAGAGAGCAAGGCCAAUUGUGCUCUCUCAGGGCUCUGGCAGCUGAUGGCAAGCUGCAUGACCGGGAUUCGAACAGGCGAUCUCCCGAGCAUAGUGGCAGGGCUUUAGACCGCUAAACCACUUGCUGCCCAUUCUCUACAUGAACUUAAGUAGUCAGAUAAUAUUAGGUGCAACUAGCUAAUAAACUCAGAAUAAGGGGUGGGAUGAAAGAUCGAUAUUGCGAUGUAAUGUAUUGUUUCUGUUUGAUACAUUAUCAAUACGUGGCAUCGAAUAUUGAUAUUUUUAUUGAACCAUAGGAGACCACUUAAAAAUAAUCUCCCUAAAGCCUGAUCUGGAUGGGAUUAGUUUUUCAGGAGGUUCUGGAGUAAUUUUCUCUUUUAUGUGAGGAUCCUCUGUGAAUUUAUUCCCGUCCGGAACGACCAUAUAUGGUUUUUCUCAAGACGUCCUCUCAGAAAAUUACAGGCUGAAUUAUUAUCUACUGUUUUUCUCUGAACUCCGUGGUCCUUCGGUAAUGUUAGUCUUGUCCGGAUCCACAUCUCUGAGUUUUGUCUCCUCACGUUUAAUAAAAUAGCUAUUUGUCCACUGCACACUUUGGGCGUGCGUUUCCACGGAGAUCCAUGUUAAAAACACAACAGUGACUGGAAAUGGAGGAGCUACUGAACUCUGUCACGUGACCGAGAAAGUGCAGGAGUAGAAGUGUGAAAUAUUUAAAUAUUUUUCACAGACGUCCCCCUGAGAAACUAAUCCCAUCUGGUUAAGACUUGCCCCCAGUUAGACUUACUAAAGUUACUGCUUCAUUACUCCACAUGGUGGCGCUAUAAUCAAAUGAAUAAAUGAGUAAACCUGCAGUGAAGAGAAUUGGUUGUUAAAUUCUGUGAAACUGACACUAAUAAAUACAUAAUUCCUGGCAUUAACUUAUUCAGUAACUCAAAUGCUAUGAAGUAUCUUAGAAAACUGUCUUGUGAUUUAUCAAGAAUCAGAGAAUCACAGUAUUGUGAGAUCAUUAUUAUCAUUUAUCAGCUAGAAGAUGAUACCUUCAGUAUCUUCAGUUUUCUUCAUUGUUGCUCCGAAAGACCAUUUCUUCAGUGGUCAGGACACUACAGAAGAUCUCUGAAGGCUGUAUUCUGUUCUGUAUCACAUUAGGGUUACAAAUGUAUCUCUGAGAGCAUCAGUACUGUUUUCUUUUGCAAUAAAAUCUCACUCAUAUUACUCA